GUUAUAGAGAGACAACAAACUCUAUAUAUUUCUUUUUUCUGGUGCCAACUAACCAGUUGGUAAAUAACAACUUCAUAUUUCUGAUUUCUCAUAGAGACUCCUAAUUCCAAUUUUUAUUGGGAUUAUUGAAGAUCUUUGAGACCAAUUAUCUAAGGAAAAAUGGGGACUUAUUUGAUCACUCUAGUUGGCCUCUUGUUUGUGUUCUUUUCUUAUGCAGCUGCUUAUGAUCCACUGGAUCCCAAUGGGAAUAUCACUAUUAAAUGGGAUGUCAUGUCUUGGACUCCUGAUGGCUAUGUUGCUGUGGUAACAAUGAAUAACUUCCAAAUGUACCGGCACAUUAUGACACCUGGCUGGACAUUAGGAUGGACAUGGGCCAAAAAAGAAGUGAUAUGGACUAUGAUAGGUGCACAAGCUACAGAACAAGGUGACUGCUCAAAGUUCAAGGGAAAUGUUCCACAUUGUUGCAAGAAGACUCCCACUAUUUUAGAUAUGCUCCCAGGAGUACCUUAUAACCAACAAUUCACCAAUUGCUGCAAAGGUGGAGUUUUGGCUUCUUGGGGACAAGAUCCUCAAGCUUCUGUAUCUGCUUUUCAAGUUAGUGUUGGCCAAGGUGGUACCUCAAACAAGACUGUAAAACUUCCAAAGAACUUCACUUUGCUUGGGCCUGGACCAGGUUACACUUGUGGCCCUGCAAAGAUUGUCCCUUCUACCAAAUUCUUCACACCUGAUCUAAGAAGGAAAACUCAGGCACUCAUGACAUGGAAUGUAACAUGUACAUAUUCUCAGUUUGUAGCCCGAAAACACCCAAGUUGUUGUGUCUCUCUUUCAACUUUCUACAAUGAAACCAUUACUACUUGUCCUUCUUGUGCUUGCGGUUGUGAGAACAAACACAAAUGCAUCAAGAGCGACUCCAAACUACUUAGUGUGGUGGGGGUAAACACUCCAAGGAAAGAUAACGCACCAUUACUACAGUGCACACAACACAUGUGCCCUGUUAGAAUCCAUUGGCAUGUGAAGCUCAACUACAAGGAAUACUGGAGAGUCAAGAUUACUAUUACCAACUUCAAUUACAGGGUCAAUUACACACAGUGGACUCUUGUUGCUCAGCAUCCAAAUCUUAACAAUGUAACACAAGUUUUUAGCUUUGAUUACAAGCCUCUCGUUCCAUAUCAAUCGAUAAGUAAGUCCCUGAACUCUCUCCAAUACUGCAUAUAUCUAACAGAUGAAUUGGCCGGGAUGGUCGAGAAGAACCGGCUUCUGGAAGCGGAGAAGGUCGGCCUUAGCCAAGAUAAUGCUCAUUUUUCUUCGAGGCUCGGUGAACUCGAAACCAUUAUCACUCAACUCCGGGGGGAGCUUGACUUGGUCAAGAAUGAUGCCGUGAACAUGGCCGAGAGGCAUCGGCUGCUUGAAUCCGAGAGUGCUAAGUAUAAGGAGAGAAUGAGGGUAUCCGAGCAAAAAGUUGAGGAUAGGGCCCGGAUAUGCGACGAGCUGAAAACCGAACUCGAGGAGACAGCCGAGGCUAAUGACCUUCUCAGAGUCGAGUUCGAAUUGGCCACUCAAAUCCAAGGAGUCCUCGAUGAAGAGAGAUGA